GCCGUUCGCGGACUAGUAAGUAGAGUUCUCGAUCAGCGUGGUGGUCAAACCGACCGGCCGGUGCGCAGGGAGCUAUGCGACCAGCUUAUACAGCUUUUUACCACUUCAAAUCGCGACAACCACAUUGAGAGGGUUACACGGUGAUUUUAAUUGAAUUACUUGAAGAGAAUGCGAAGAGCAAGAAUUAGUAUUAAACCCAAUGUCAGGCCAGGAGGUCGAAGUGUGGCACCUGUAGCUGAGGACAGGAGAUCCCAAGGGUCCACAGCUGUUGAUGACACCCAUCAAAAGCUGUCAUCUCCUCAACAGUCUCAGCUGGAAGUCAAAGAGUCUGCUGUGGCGACAGGAGAUGGAAAUGUGCCCGGCUGUCCAUCAGAGAAAGCAUCACUGAACAUUAAUGAUGGCGCGCCAUCUAGUGUCAGAACACCUGCAACUACAGUACAUCAGAAGAGGAGCAGGUUCUCUGCCACACCAAAGCUGGCCAGACCCAAAGUCCGUUCUGCUCCUCCAUCCACCGGUUCUCUUCCAUCAGAGCCAUCCAAGAUAUCAUCCCUUUCUCAGGCAGCCAAUACUUUAACUCAGUCCCCUAUCCCAGUUGCUAUCAGCAGAGAUGAUCCACAACAAUCUACAUUCUCAGAUGCCACUACAGCAGCUAACUGCCCUGCAUCCUCACUGUAUCUUCCAUCCACAUCUGGCUGUCCAGAAUCACCAUCAUCAACACCGUCACAACAAGAGCCUGGUAGAACCACCAAAAAAAUCCCAAAUGAGGAUUUCUGGCCUCAAGAAGGAGCCACUCCAAUUUCAUGCACUCUCUCACCGUAUGUGAAACUGUCUCGUGUUGAUGGACCAGACUCUCCUCUCAGGAACCAAAUUUCUUCAGACAAGCAGCAGGUCUUGAGGACCCUCAAACUGAAGGAACUGAUGAAGCUGGAGAGGAAGAAAGAAAGAAUGGAGAAGAAGAGUAGACGGCAUAAACGUGAGCAUUGCAUUGAGCCAGAUCGUGACAAAAUGACCUUAGGUGACUUCAUUUAUUACCUGCCAGAGUCAAACCCUAUGAAGUCCUCCCUUUCCACAGAGGAGACUCAAACACAGAUCACUGCUCCCCCAAAUCCCACGGUGCAGAAAAAUAUGGCAGACGCAGAUGAGGGGGAGGAGGAGGAAGAUGAUGAUGAUGUUGAUGCUGAUGAGGAACUGCUUGCUCCCAAAGUCAAGGUGGCAGAAGAUGGCUCACUGAUUUUAGAUGAAGAAAGUUUGACAGUCCGCGUUCAAAGGACGUCGGAUACAGUUGUGGAGAAUGCAAAUCCACUGUUUGAGCGAGGCUCUACCACAACAUACACAAGUUUCAGGAAAAAAUGGCAUGUCAAAAAUUGGUCUGUCAGAGAAACGGAUAUGUUCUAUUUGGCCAUUAGUAUGGUGGGAACAGACUUCUCCAUGAUUGCUCAGCUGUUGACUCACCGCAGCAGAGCAGAAAUUAAGAAUAAAUUUAGGAAUGAGGAGAGAGCGAAUUCAUGGCGAGUAGAUAAAGCUUUCAGAAAUAAGCGACCAUAUGACAGCGAGCUUUUCAGUUUCCUGCUGAAGAGGAUCUUGGCUAAAGACAAACAAAAGGGCAGAUCCAUAAAACUAGUUGUGAAAUCCAGUAAAACGAAGAAAAGCAAAGGUGGUGAAAAAUCCAAACACCUUGAGGACAAAGACUCAAUUAAUGUUGAGGAAGAUGAUGAAUUGUGCAGUGUGGACAGUGUCUGUUUUGAUUUAGAAAAGGAGAAUGAGGACAGCAGUAAUAUGAAUGAAGCGGAUGUGUCAUCAAGUACAAGCAAGAAGCGUAAACGCACAAAAGACACUGAGCCAAAAGUGUUGUAUGAGAAAGUGUCCAAGCAAAGGAAGAAAAACAAGACACCGAAAAAAGUGCUGAAUGAAGGAGAAGAUGGCACAGUGAAUGCUGACCAUAACGAGGCAUCUGCCAUCCAAACUACAAAACGGAAGCGCUCCAAAAAGUGCGAGAAGGAAGAACGGAAAACUACCAAAUGUAAACGGAAGACUAAGAGCAAAACAUCACAGCAAGAGUGUACUGGAUCUGAGCUGUGUGCUGACUGUAGUGAAGACCCCGGUGCUGAAGAUGAUCAAGGGGAGAAGCUCUGUGCAGAGAGAGCAACUAAGGAAGAGGUUUCACAAUGCUCCUCCAAACAUUCAAAAAGAGCCAAUUUGGCAAAAAGAAAAUCCAAACGUUCCGAGCCAAAAGCAACAGUAGAGAUUGAGGAUACAGCAGAAGAAUGUCAAGAUAAGAGCUGCAGCGAAGCAGAGAAUGAGUUGAGGAUCAUCCGUCUUGCAAAGGAACAGCUCCAGAAUCAGCCGAUAGUUGUUCUGGAAAGGACUCCUCUGAGGCUAAAAGAUUCACACAGCUCAUCUGUAAGCCAAGACCAACUACAGUCCUCCAAGAGCCUGCAGCAUUCUCCUGGACGGCAGAUGAGAGCGGAAAAGGUCAAAUGCAAUCUGACUGCCUCUGGUGACGGUAGUGAAGUCUCGACAGCAGGCCCCGGUGUUAAAGAGGAUCAGGGUGUGAAGCUUGUUCCAGAGAGCUCAGCUAAGGAAGAGAUUUCACAAAGCUCCCUCAAACGUCCUCCUGGGCAGCAGACGAGAGCAGACAAGGUCAAGCACAAUCUGACUGCUUCAGAAGGGGAUCAGAUAGACCAAUGUCAUACUGGCUCACAUCCAUCACCAGAGGACAUGAGCGGUACUAUCAUGCUGAAUCAACUGAGCGUCCAGGACUCUGAAGAGAUGGAGGCUGAUCAACGCAUGGAGGAGGAUUUAAAUUUACGUCAUUUAGAGUUUCUAACUCCAUCUGAAGUAAAUGGUCAGACAUCACUGAGAAGAGCAGUUGUGUUGGUGUCUAAUGAUGUAGUGAAGCACUACCUCAGGGCUCAAGCACAGACCACUGCAGAGGAAUCCACAACCUCUGAGAGUCAGCGGGACACGGCACCUGCCAGAGGCCAUCAUGUGCGACAGCAUAGGGAUGGUCUUGAUGAACACGGCUCCUCUAUUGAUGUUCUAGAAGAGAGGGUCUCUCAAGAUCAAGAUGUGAAUGAAACCGACACUACCUGCGUUUCCACCAAAUUAAGCAUCGCUGAAAAAAGGAGAAGGUUUUGCAAGAUCAAACCCAGUCUGAGCCUGGCAGCACAGUCCAUCCACAGACCUCUGAAUGAAAAGACCCCGUCUGUCAAACGUGACUCAACGCUGCUGCAAUGUAGCAGUCCUGUGGAAGUCAAAGUGAAGAUGGCUCCAAACAAAUGUCUUGUUGAAGAGCACAGGGACCGUCCUGAGGAAGAGCUUACAUGUGGAGUUACUCUAGAAGUGAGCGGCCCUCAAGGUGUUAAGGAUGAUGACGCAGAAACCACAGUAGAUGGUAUUCCUUCCUUAACAUCAGCUGUGAGUAAGACAGAGGACCAGGAGAUCCUUGAGAAGUCUCUGGUUCCUGACACCACACCAUCAGACAAAGCAGAUCCAAAAAAAAAGACACUGACUUUUACAGAUGAGCCUGAAAGAAGAGGAGACUUUGAAAGGUCUCCAUCUCGGCCGUCUGAGAAUGAAGAUCGAAUUACUGAUCGGGAGGAACAGGAUUCAGAGGCUGUUGAGUCUGAAGUCACAGACACUAUGAUUGAGGAACCUCAGACGGAGCUGAAGAGGAUUAUUCCAGUCAGCUGUUCUGCUGAUGGUUCCUCAGCUCAUGCUCAAGGCAGAAUUGCCCCGGAGAGACGCAGUCAGUUUGAUGAGCAAACACCCACCAACCUGGAAGGGGCAUCUCUGGGUAUGGUAAACCCUCAACAGACCUCAGAGCCGAAUGAAGAUCCUGCUGAGAAGGCUGAACAUAAGAGUCCUGUAAUAGCCAAGCAUAGUGAUUUGGAUCAUGACAAAGAGAAGAUCUCCAGAGAAGAUAAGCUUCUGUCAUGUGAAGGAAAUUCACAGGAACAUAAACAGGAUGAGGAUCUUCUGUCCCCUGUCCCAUUACUUGGCUUAAAACAAACUACAGCCGCAAAAGUUCUUGUGGGCGGCAUUGGUAAAGGAAACGAAGAACAAAAUGAGCCAGUUCUCAGUGAUCCUUCACCUGCACUAUUUGAAGCGGUUUCAUCUUUUUCUUAUCCUCCAAACGAACCUACAAGCAACCUGUGUGAUAUGGACAUGAUGCAGUUUAGGGAGUCUGCAGCUGAAGAUGUUCAAAUACCAUACGAGCAGGAGUCAGAAAGUCAAGACGGCACAGAAGAGCCAUCAGAAGCUUCUGAGGAAUGCAUCGUCUCUCUAAAUGAAAAUGCAAAAUCUGAGAUUUCAGAUUCAGCUGGAGUGGAUACAGGUGCAAUUGAUAAACAUUCUGAGGAGGAACCCACAUUUAUUUUAACUCUAUAUGAGAUCCCAGUCUCUGGGCAGCAGGACACUUCUCCUUAUGAACUUCAGCCAGUCCAGAUGCCUUUGCUUUUCUCAAGCAGUUCACAUUCUCUUUCCUUCACAUUAGAGCCGUCCAGUGCAUCUCUGACCAUGGUGUCUGAAGACACCGGUAAUCUAUGUAACAGUAGUUCUUGCAAGGUGGUGGAUGACUCCCUGGAUCCUCUUUCAAAGGAAGCACUAUUGAUAUCCUCACUGGAAAGCAGUUGUGAUGAUGUGAACUCUUUAAUUAGUCCACCCGAGAUGUUCUCUUGUAAUUCUGCCACGUCGAUGCAUGUGCUGAAGUUGGAUGAGAUCCUGACAGAGUCGCCAGAAACUAAAGCACCUCCUCAAAGGAGAUGCAAGAUUAAAGUCAAGCCGAAACUAAAGCCAUGUGUGAAGGUCAGGCCUUCAAAAAAUGGCCAGUUUGACUUUGCACCCAGUCAGAAUCUACCAACAUCUCAAGCCACAGCACAAACUGGGAUCGAGUCCAACCAGAAAAUAUCUGUACAGGAAACAGUUGGUCCUGAAUGCCACUCAAGCAUUGAAGACGGUGAGAGGGAAGCCCAUCCUGGACCUGAUGGCAUGAUAUCAACAGCCAUUGUGCCAGUGUCUGAAGAAAUGAGCGAUGAGAGUCACCUGGAGUGGGAAUGUCCUCUCAGAACAGAACUCCAGAGGAAUGAGGACUUAGAUAUUGACCUUCCAGUGCAUAGUACAUUCAUAAAGGAGUCUGAGGGGAACAAUGAAGCUGGUUAUGAGGGUAUUUCUCACACAGUGUUGGCUGAUGCCUUCGUACUCUCUUCAGAAAUGAAGGAUGUUUUUAAUAAAGAAAAGGAAAGCCCUCAUGCUAGUGAGCUCCAAAUACCUGAGGGCUUAACUGUGUGUCUUACAGAGAGUGAGAAAUCUCUUCCUUCAUUCAUUGACCAAGAAGAACAAAUGGCAGACAUUUCUAAAAAGCCUGAUACGUGCAGAGAGGCAUCAUGUGUCUCAUCAUCUGCAUCUAAAGAGAAGACUAUGCCCUUGAGGAGAGGCAAGUUGCAAGGGAAGUCUAAAAUCCCAAAAACAACAUCUACGGAAGACGAUUGCUCUAGACAGAAUCUGUCUGACUUUGGCUAUAAUGAUCCAGCCACAGCUCAAAUCAUUUCACCAGAACCUCUGAUUAAAGAACAAACCAUUAAAGUGGAACAGAGAUCCGAGCACGAAGAUUUCUCUGAUAUCCCAAUUGAGGAAUCAGAUGGAGAGCCUGCUGGGAUUGCUUCAUCCUCACAACCAUUCAACACUGUAAAAUCAACAGCAUGCACUGAAUUGCAUCCAGUGGAUCUGAAAAUAGAGGGUAGGCACGAGGAUGUGUCGCACGUGGUGUUGCCUGAUAUAUUGGUGCCAGUUUCUGCUGAAAUGGAAAAUGGUGAUCAUAUGGCGAGUGCAAGUCCUGAACAAAGCAGUCUGCAGUUGGGUGAAGAGAGCCAGCAGACUGUCACUGCAGAAGCAGACCAGGAGGUCGUUUCACACAUGCUGCUGACUGACAUGUUGAUCCCCGCCUGUGAGAAAACAGAAGAUGAUUUAAGUAAGGAACGGACAACAGCUGGACAGAAAAGUUCUCAUGAGGAAGGAAGACCUCCGGUGAGAGAGGAUCCAGAUACAGCAGACCUGUUCAGUCAAGUGUCACAAUCUUCAAAUGUGGGACCAUCAGUAUCACCCAAGAGGAAAAGACCCACUGUGAGAAAAGGCAAGUUAUUGGUAAAGAUGACGUUUCCCAAAAGAAAGACUAGAGAUUGCCCUAAGAGUGGUGAGCAAUCACAAAGCGGUCCUCUGACAAUCUUAAUGUCAGAGUCAACACAAUGCAGUGCUGAGACAUGUGCUGACUUGUUGCCCACUGGCUCGGAGGACCAUGAGGAAGCAUCAGGAGGCACACUUUGUCCAAUGCCUAAACUGUCAAAAAGAAAAGGUGAUCCUUCAGAAAAUGACCUUGGUCAGCCCAGCUCUACACAGACCUCUUUAGCUACACCCAGGCAGUCCCUGGACCCUCAAGCUGCGGAAUGGUCUCUCAGAAGCAAUAUGCUGCCCAUGGACUCGGAUGAGAUGGAGAACUGGUGUGAAGGAGUUUCCCACAUGUUGCUGUCAGAUGCAUUUGUGCCCGUUUCUGAAGAGACUGGAGAGAACAACACAGAGCUAAAAGUGUUUAUCUUAAGCAGUCCUCAUAAGCAUGAGCAAAUCACGCUUGGUCCGACAAAGAGUGAGGAGACACCCUCUGAAAUUUCAAGUGAUGUACACCAAUUAAACACGACUUCUGGCAUGACAAAGUCAAAUGAGAGUCUGCCAGCAUCACAAGCAAAAAAAUCACCAGCAAGAAGUACAUUUCAGAUGACACUAAGGUCACCUGAAAGACAACUUAAAGAUCAACCUUGUAUGCUGAAGUCAACCCAAGCUGCCCCGACAGCACCACAGCGAACUCCGACAUCAAAGGUGAAAGAGUCCAUGGGAACUCCAACAAGACGACAAACAGUAGAGAUCUCAAGUGCAUGCUGGGUACAGCUAGAAAGGUUAUCUGUAGAGGAAAUCUGCAGUGCUCAAAGUGUCCCUCAACCAAAGCAUCACAGCACGCCUGUCACUGUAAAACCCAAUUCUAGAGUAAGCUCUGGUUUAGGAUCACAUGCCGAUGAGGAGCCACCCAUGCUGCCAGGAUACUCGCCAAGGGUUGUCCUUCAUCGUAUACCAUUAACAGCUACCGAAGAAAACAUUUCUACGCCUACUUCAUCCCCACCAAGAGCUUUCACCUCACCCUCCCGAACACAGGCAGAGCAUCAGUCUCUUCAAAACAGCCCUCCUGUCUCUAGUCUGGAUUCUGAUAAGAAUCCUGAUCAAGUGUCCCACUUCUUACUGGAUGACAUCUUCACUGAAGUUGUGGAUCCGUAUUGAUUUUUAUUUUGGGUUGAUUAAAUUUCACUGCUGCUAUUCCAGUUUGUUGCACUGAAGUGGAUGAUGUGUAACACUGUCACACUGCUGAUUUUAGACCUGUUAGUAAUUGUAAUGCAGUUUCUCUAGUUCAAUUUUGUUCAUUAAGGAAAAUCUUAUUAUAUAUUGUAUACAUUUCUGUAAUGAGGCCUUUUUUUGGUGAUGAGACAUACGGUGAUACAGGUUAAGUCCUGUUUUUAUACAGUCUUAAGUCACAGCUCUUGUUAUUUAUUUCUAUUUAUUUUAUGCUGAACAUCAAUACAUUCUAUCAGUGUGUUUUUUACUGACUGAUCUUGUUUUGUUCAGUGCCAAAUAUAUUUGUUUUUAUGGUUACUGUAUGUUAUUUUAAUUAGUUUUUCUUUCUGAGGUCAAAUCCCUUUUUUGUUGGUUACAAAACCUUUCUUCAGUAAGAAUAUAUUAUAAUGAAUGUUCAUGAAUAAUUAGUUAUUGUCAGUUGUAUUUGCAAUAUGUGGUUGUCUGGAUAUUAAAGCACUGGAGAAGUUACAAGUAAAUAAAUUAAUAUUCACUUUUUCCAACU